AUGAAUGGAGUAGAUGACAUCUUGUGUCUUGGAAGUGGGGAUAUUUCAGUUGGGAGGAGGCAUGCAACCAUCACUGUAGGCAAGCCUACGAUGCAAAGUGUGCGCAUGCGAGGCGAGCAUACAAAAUUGAUCAUCCGUGACUUGAGCUCCAAACACGGUGUCUAUGUAGACAAAGAACGAAUUGAGCCUGCUCAAGAUGUAGAGGUCAUCAUUAAAGAAGAUCACUUAUGGACGACGUUGGACAAUAGACAUAUUGCUGGAAGAGGUUAUGGCGGCUAUGUGAAUGUAAAGAUUGGCGAUAUGACCUCAUUUAGAUUAGAAAGAGUAGACUGGAGUUUAUGUUCUCAGGCAUUGACUGCUCAAGCAAAAGUUGGCAUCGUUGGUUUAGCAGCUGAGAUUGACUGCAAAGUCGAAGAAUCAUGGGUGCCCGGGGCCUCAACCCAUCUUAUCGUCGGUAAAGCCAACCGAAGCGAAAAACUUUACCUGGCACUUGCAGAAGGAGGCUAUUUAGUGAACACAGAUUGGCUAAAGGCUGUGGAAGCAUCGUUCAAAGACUCAUGGGACUCAAAGGGUUUGAAAGAUGCACAGACUCUUGAAACUUCUUAUCCUGCGCCAGUUCCAGCUAUUUUUCAACACUCGAAUGUCCGAUGGACACCAACUCAUACGCGGAGAAAAUUGUUUCGGCAUCAUCGCUUCAUAUCCGUCACUAAAGCAAAGUAUCAGAAUGUGGACCAGGUGAUUAGAUGCGCUGGCGGAGACCUCACAGCCACGGAUGCUGCGUCUUCCUUGAAAUUGAUUAACGAAUGCUUGACAUCAACGAUGAUUCCAGUGUUCUUACAGCCACAUAAGGAAGAAGAAAUCAUUCAGAGCUUUUCCAAGUUAGAUAGUAUUUUGAAUAGGAUGGGAUAUCGCUGGGUACGUGAGGAUGAAAUCGGGAUGGCUAUCAUAAGUGCGUCAACUGAAAGAUAUUGUAACCCCAAGUAUUUGGAACCAUUGCAGGCGAUGGAGGUGAUGGCAUCCUUACAUAGUACUCAAUUAUCCUUAAAUGAUUACUCAUCAACAGAGGAGCCUCCAGUGUCGACAGCCUCAACUCUAAGCAGGAGCGGCUCAACGGUUGGCUUUAACAAAGAAGCCCCUCGCGUCAUCGAUAGUGAUAACGAUAACGACCUGGAAGCGUCACUCAGCUUUUCGCAAUUGAUGGCCCCUACUAAAAAAUUCAAUCGCACGGGAACAAUAGCGGCUACCAAACCUCAGGAGACUACCAAAUCUGAGUCUCCAAAGCCUCCAUCUUCUCAAAAGCCAGCCAAGAAAAAGACCAAAACUGAUCGUAUGGCAAUGUUUUUUGAUGGACUGGAAGAUGAUGAGAAUGUUAUUGGCGUGGAUACAUCAUCGGCUAGCGCUAGUGUGGCGGAUUCCCAUGGCAUGACAUCGAACGCGUCAUCAUCGGUCCUGGUUGAGUCAACGGAUAGUGGCUAUCGUGGGUCUGAGCUAGGAGAGCAGAUUGACACUGACGAAUCUGUGAAUAUCAUUCCCGCCAUUGAUGAGAAAAAACACUACGAAGAGUCACAAGCGAUGAAAAAUGAUAAGGCAGAAGAAUUAAUUCAAAAGGAAGAUCUGGAGACCAAACCCAUGAGCAGGAUUACGGCCGCUUCAACUAAGGAUGAUACCGCCAUUAAGGUUGAGCCUAAGUCUCAAUCAUUGUCGCUCUCAACCAAAGCGAGUUCUAAUCCGAGCUCAAGUUCGAGAAGGAAACCUAGUACUUUUGAUGGAGUCAGAGAGGACAUGAUGGCAUUAAAGUUAGAUACAAAAGUAGGGCGACAAAAGGAUUUUAUUGAUGAGAAAGAGCGACAGAAAUUAUUAGAAGUCCAAAGAUUAGAUGAAAAGGCAAAAGGGGAUAGAAGUAAGCUUAUGCAAUCAGAGUGGAGUGAAAAUCUUACUAAAAGCAAGCGCCGCAAACUUGGGAAGAAGAAAGAAGGAGAUCCUCCAGAUAGCCUCGAGGUGAGUCGAGGGACGAGUCGUGAAGACAGAUCAGCCAGUAUUCAAAUUUUAAGUGAAGCUGACAAAAAAGAUUGGUCUGAACGAUGGAAGAGUAUGCCAAACUUUAAAGCUUUCCGAAAGGCUACCGUAGCAGGGGUACGUGUCAAAAGUCGGGGGCCGACGCCUCUCAUGCUAGAUGGUGAGAUCGUAGUCAAACACGAAGAAACCAUCAAAAAGAUUGGCCAAUACCUGAAGCGAGAGCCAAAAGAGCCAACAAUGCCUUCAGUAAAGCCUCUGCGAAAGAAAGGCGAAGCCCAAAUGGCAAAAGACGAUAUCAAAAUAUUACUAGCGAAUGAAUGA